ACAGCCGUUUCACUGGAAGUAUAGCUAGUUCACUACUUAAAAAUCCAGUUUCAUGAUUCACUUCUUUAAUAAAUCAUCUGAUUCGCUGUCAUGGCGCAAUAUGCAGCUUGUCCUGCGUUCCAGCUUGGAAGACCUCGAUAUGAUCAGAGUACCUUUCUUGGCCGGCUGAGACACUUUGUAGCGAUCAUCGACCCCAGCACACUCUUUGUGUCUGAGAAACGAUUGAGAGAAUGCGUCAAACUCCUGGAUGAUUUUCAGCAUGGAACACUACCACCUGGAGUUACGGAUCGACAGCUAUGGGAAGCCCAAAAGGUGAAGCAGGCCAUCAUUCAUCCUGACACAGGAGAGAAGAUCUUCAUGCCUUUCCGAAUGUCAGGUUAUGUCCCAUUUGGAACACCAAUUGUUGUGGGCCUUCUUCUUCCAAAUCAGACUGUGGUAUCUACUAUUUUCUGGCAGUGGCUGAACCAAAGUCACAAUGCCUGUGUCAACUACUCAAACCGCAAUGCUACUAAGCCUACACCAACAUCCACGUUUCUUCAAGGUUACUUCGGAGCUGUGACCAGUGCUGUCUCCCUUGCGGUGGGACUGAAUGUACUGAUUCAGAGAGCCAACAGGUUGAGUCCAGCAACCCAAAUAAUCAUACAGAGACUCAUCCCUUUCCCAGCUGUGGCCAGUGCCAACAUUUGCAAUGUGGGCCUCAUGAGGCACAAUGAGCUGUCGGAGGGCAUCGACGUGCUGGACGGAAAUGGGAACGUGGUGGGCUCCUCAAAGAUUGCUGCCAAACAUGCAAUUAUGGAAACUGCCUUUACCAGAGUGGUCCUCCCGAUGCCAAUCUUUGUCCUUCCUCCCAUCAUCAUGUCCUACCUAGAAAAACUUCCAUUCCUGCAGACGAAUCGGAGGCUGUUGCUGCCCAUCCACAGCCUGGUGUGUCUGGCUACCUUCAGCCUCUCGCUGCCCCUGGCCAUCAGCCUAUUCCCACAGAUGUCUCAGAUUGAGGUGUCUCAGCUUGAGCCUGAAAUUGCCAUGGCAACCAAUAGCAAGGUGGUGACCUACAACAAGGGACUGUGAGGACCGUCCCGGGAACAGUGAUUCAAAUGAGCCUCCUUUUUGAUUGGCUGUCACGGACACUCCAGUUUCCCCACUAAUGGAUUGGCGGAAGGGAAGCUGAUCCUAGAUCUGUACCUAGGGGAAGCUUCACCCAAGAGCUCUCUCUCCCAUAGCCUAAUAUGGUAACAGGUCCAUGCACUUUCUGCUGCAUUAAUAUAGUGUAACAUAUAUUAUCAUGUGCUGUCUUAACCAAUGGUUUUAAUACAACAUAUACAAAAAUGUGUUUUAUUGUCACUUACACCAGAGAGGUGCAGUGAAUUGUGUUGUUUUACAGGGUCAGCCUUACCAGUCCAGCACCCCUGGAGCAUAUUAGGGUUAAGUGCCUUACUCAAGGGCACAUCUGCAGAUUUUUUGACCUUUCGGUUACUGGUCCAACACUCUAACCACUAGGCUAUAUGCCACCUAUGAGGCCAAUCAGUAAUGAUUGAGGAAGUUAAGGAAAUAAUAGACUAAUAAUAUAUUAUGAUGGAACUUUAUAAUGUUAUGCCUAUACCAGCAAUUUUACAAUUGGUGGUGAUGAUCAACCCAUUUGUCUUUAACUUUAAUAUGAAAUGUGUUUUUAUUGUUCACCCAAACUGCUGUAGUUGUUUGAAUGUUUGGGGGAGGGCAUACAGUUGAAGUCGGAAGUUUACAUACACUUUAGCCAAGUACAUUUAAACACAGUUUUUCAUAAUUCCUGACAUUUAAUCCUAGUAAAAAUUCCCU